CCUUGUUCUCCGCUUUUCUGUUUUUCUUUUUGCAGAUGCCGCCCUGCUCUCAUCAGCCUCUGGCCCGCCAUCUCCUUGAAUCCUAACACCAUGCCUUCAAUUAAGUUGCAGAGCUGUGAUGGAGAGAUAUUUGAAGUUGAUGUUGAAAUAGCGAAACAAUCUGUGACUAUUAAGACCAUGUUGGAAGAUUUGGGAAUGGAUGAUGAAGGAGAUGAUGAUCCAGUCCCCUUGCCAAAUGUUAAUGCAGCAAUAUUAAAAAAGGUCAUUCAGUGGUGCACCCACCACAAGGAUGAUCCUCCUCCUCCCGAGGAUGAUGAGAGCAAAGAAAAUGGAACAGAUGAUAUUCCUGUUUGGGAUCAAGAAUCCCUGAAAGUUGACCAAGGAACACUUUUUGAGCUUAUACUGGCAGGAAACUACUUAGACAUCAAAGGUUUGCUUGAUGUUACCUGCAAGACUGUUGCCAAUAUGAUCAAGGGGAAAAUUCCUGAGGAGAUUCGAAAGACAUUCAAUGUCAAAAAUGAUUUUACUGAAGAAGAGGAAGCCCAGGUACGCAAAGAGAACCAGUGGUGUGAGGAGAAGUGAAACUUUGUGUCUGAUGCUGUAACACUGUUAAGGAUUGUUCCAAAUACUAGUUGCACUGCUUUGUUUAUAAUUGUUAAUAUUAGAAAAACAGUCCACAAAUGCAACAGCAAAUCAGUUGUAUUAGCAGAAUGUUGUCCUCAUUGCAUGUGUAGUUUCAGUACAGAUUCCAAACUUAUGGCUCAGUUUCUUCUAAU